AUGCGUCUUACCUUCCUCACAUUCAUUUUAUCUGCUUCAUACCAGCUCACGGCUGCUGGAACACUUGGAGAAAACGAGACUUGCAGUACUGGUAACAGCAGACUCCAGACCGGCACCUUUCAAUUUUGGAGUGAAUGCAAUUCAAUCACCUAUUGCUCUGCGAGGGGCAUUUGUGAGCCCAAAGGGUGUCGGAAGGAUGACUUCCCUUUUGGAUAUCCUCAAGGAUCAGAUAAUAUACCUCCAAAAUGUGAAAGAGGGGAGUUCUGUCCUGAUGAAGCAAGCAAUUGCCAGCCGAUUCUACCGCAAGGAAGCGCCUGCCAACUCAACCGAGAUGACCAAUGCGAAGCUCCACCUAACUUCCAGGAAUUGGCCGAUAUAAGUGGUCGUGGUCUCAACUUCAAUGGCUCAGUUUGUUUGAACAACGUUUGUCUAUGGGCGAACGCUACAGUUGGAACCAGAUGUAUCUUCGAAAACACCCCUUACAUUGCUUACGGAGUUGGUGGGGAGUUCAUCGAUAUUGUCUCUCGCGAUAAUUGCAGAGUUGGCCUUUACUGCGACUCUGCAACCCAAGUCUGCAUCCAGAAUAAGCUUUUAGGUGAUGCUUGCACAGCUGACAAGGAAUGUGAAUCAUGGAACUGUCUUAGCACUGGCGUGUGUGGGGUGCCAGCAGCUACGCCUCGUCAUUUCGGUGUUUGGGUUUAUGUGUUGGUUGCUCUAGGUAUUAUCGGUGGAAUGGCGGGAACCCUCACCGGUCUGUAUGUCACGCACCGGAAACAACGAGAAAUCGAGCGCGCCAAGCGAGCUCAGUAUUGGAAGGAACAGAACGCAUUCCACCAAAACCUGAUGCAAAUGCGCGAAACCGCCCGUGCAUCCAUUCCUUCUCUUAAUAGGGGCGGCGACUACAGCCGGGACGACGAUUCGCAAACACCAAUUCUCCAUAGCGCUGAGACGCAGAAGUCUUCCGGAUUGCGGCACUACAUGGCGAACAAUGACAGCUCCGACUUUGAUGAUGGGCUGGAGAUGCGCGGAACGAAGGAUAAUCGAUUCUGA